AUGUUUCACGUCCAAGGGACAUUUGAACAAUCUUUAAGAUGCGGAGACGAACUGUCACCCGGCGGCACGAAGACCCUGGCGGCGCUGGCGAAGAUACACAAACAUUGCACCGGCAAGGCGCACGCACAUGGUUGUGUUGACACUAAACCUAAUCCCCUCGCAAAAUCUGACUCUAACACGAGCAUGCAAUCAAAGAAAUCUUUUAGAAGUGAUUGCUUCAUUGAGAUCAAAGAUACUGUCAGGGCUGAUAGUCCGGCUGUCAGAACUGAUAGCCCUUUCUCUAAAAAUAAUGGAUCAAUAGGCAAAAGCUUCAGCAACAGCACCAGCUCCUAUGAAGGCCACAGCGAUACAGAUUCAGAAACGACCUUUAAAUCGAGAUCAGAGCAUAAAUCGACCGAUCCCUGCGAGAGACUCUUUUCGCAAAACACUAAAGCAUCUUUGAUGAAAACAGCACGUAUGCGAUAUGCUGAUGAUAAUACAAUUUCAACUCUACAAGAUGAAAUAGAUGGCGAAAGAUGGAAAAAUACAUUUGUAAGAACUCCAUCGAGAGGAAGCUUUAGAGAAAAAAAAUCCGGCGUCGUCACAAUAGAAGAAGUAAAACUCGAUGGAGCCAAGAAUUCCGAUGAAUUAUGUAAUUACGAAGUAACAGACGAAAAAAAGAAAAAUCUAACUCCAAAUAAAAAUAUAAUUUUACGUAAAAGUUCCCCAGGAACUUAUAACGGGAAAAACGCUCCUGUUGGAGUCUCAUCAAAACCGCCAUGGCGAGGCGCAAGUAAAAAUGGUAUAUCUAACGAACCGUUUGUGCGUUCACCAUCGCUUCGGGGAAGUAUCAGAAAAAAGAAAAAUGACGGCGUACCGUGGCAGAGGCUAUAUGACCUUUCACUCUGGAGAAAGUGUGGUGUAAAUUUUGCUACAAAUGGCGCGGAUUCGGAGCGUGCCCUUCUUAGACCCUGGAGCGAGCUAUCGUCUCAAUUGCAGCCACCGUCCGAGGCAAAAUCGGAAGAGCAACUGGCAUGCGAAAAAGAAUGGCUUCAAGCUGGUCAUAUGUGGCUUGCUCAUCGCGGUGGUUUUACAGCAGUCGUGAGAGAGGGCGACGCGGACGCUGGCAGGGCGAAAGUCCGUGUAUUGCAAACGGGCGAAGUGAUUACUGUGGAUGAAGAUGACUUGGAAAAAGCUAAUCCACCACAACUGGAACGCUGUGAAGAUAUAGCUUCCCUCCGUUGUUUGAAUGAGUGUGGUGCGCUGCACGUACUACGGUCGCGGUACGCCGCCGCUCUACCUCACGCUCGGGCUGGGCACGCUUUGCUGGUGCUAGGACCCCCGAGACGUACGACUCCUGUUUAUACCGAGAAGGUAGCGGCAAUGUUUCGUGGAUGCCGUGUGGAUGAUAUGCCUCCGCACGUGUUCGCGGCGGCACAGUCUGCACACCGUUGUAUGCUCGCUUCUAGACGAGAUCGAGCCAUUGUUUUCCUUGGAAGGUCUGGUUCAGGCAAAACUUCAGCAAUGAGACAUUGUGUGUGGUACUUAGCGAGUGCGUACCCCGCGCAGGGGUCUAAGCUCACCCCGGAAAGGCUGGACGCCGCUUUGGAUGUCUUACAUGCCUUUGGUUCUAGCCGGACGGGUUCUAACUCGUACGCAUCUCGUUUCGUGUCGCUAACGUCUUUAGAUUUCGAUGGCGGCGGUGCUUUAGUAUCGGCGUCCGUACAGAUACUGUUGCCGGAUCUCAAGCCUGACCAAACUGCGCUUAGAGCUCUGCAUACAUUAUUCCACGGGUGCGACGGUCGUCUUAGACGUGAGCUGUUACUAGACCAAGCGCCAGUAAACGCACCGAAUCCCUACGUGUGUUCGACGGAGAAAGCGGAGGCCCCGUCAGAGUUCUCCGCCCUAAAGGAAGCCCUGCAAGUACUGGCCGUGACCGAGCAAGAGCAGAUGGCAAUUUGGAAGAUUUUAGCAGCUGUGUGUCAUUUGGGAUGGGCCGGCGUUGUUAGAGCGAACACAGCGUCAGGUCUAAAGUACCAGUUCGCGAGCACGGGGAGCGCGACGCGCGCGGGCCGCCUGCUGGGCGUGGGCGCGGACGAGCUAGCGCGCGCCGUGUUCGCGCCCGCCACGCCGCCGUCGCCCCAGCCGCCGUCUAAUUUAAGAACUCCAUCGCCGUCAAACGAGAAAGAGGCACCAGGCUCAGAAGCACUCGAUGCGUUUGUCAGUGGACUCUACAGUGAAACAUUUAAUAUCGUCGCUGCUUUAGUCAAUAGGAGCGUGUCGACGUCGGCGCGCACGUCGGCGUCGCUGCUGCUGCUGGACACGCCGGGCGCGGACAACCCCAUGUGCGCGGGCCAGCAGAGCGGCGCCGCGCUAUCCAAAUUACUCUCCAAUUAUUUACAGGAACGUCUCCAAGCAGUUUUCCACGAAGCUCUACUGGUGGCGCCGCGCGAGCGCUACGCACAAGAGGGCAUCACUUUAGAUGACGGCUCAGAAGAGGACUGGCUAUCGGAAACCGUUAACCCUGGUCCGAUGGUUGACUUGCUGGACAAGGCACCUCAGAACAGUAUCGUACGAAGCUCGCAGGCCGAUCUUCGUGACUGCGACCGACGAGGACUGUUAUGGCUCUUAGACGAAGAGUCGAUGUACCCGGGCUCGUCGGACGACACGUUCCUAGAGCGCGUGAUGGCGCACUACGGCGCGCCGCACCAGACACACUACCUCAUCAAGAAGGCCCCGCAUAAUAGGCAGUUCAUCUUGCAACAUUUACAGGGCACUAAUCCUGUGUUAUAUGACGUCACCGGGUGGGUGAAGGCGAGCCGCGAGAAUCCUAUCCUUAAGAAGGCGCACACGUUGUUACAAGAGAGUCAAAACGAGGACAUCGGGCGGCUGUCGUCGUGGCCGCGCGGCGCGUGCGGCGCGGGCGCGUGGCCGGCCGCCGCGGGCGACGCCUCCACGCUGCGGCGCGCCUCCUCCAUACGCAGGACGCUCACUUCAGCUGACGCCUCUCCAUUUUGUCGAGCCUCGAUUUUACGGCGUUCUCUCAACUGUGGUACAGCAGGUAUGAAGCGACGUUCUACGGCUCUGCAAGCGAAGUUCGUAGCAGACGGUAUAGUGGACACGCUGCGUCGCUGCGGCGCCGGCGGUGUCCACUUUGUGUGCUGCCUGCUCACCAACCAGCCGAAUGAGUCGCUUGAUGACGUCAACAUACCGUUAUUGCGCUCUCAGUUCCGUGGCUUCCAAUUACUCGAUGCGGCGAGGUUGUAUAAACAAGGAUUCCCUGAACACAUGCCGCUUUCUGAAUUCGCAAGAAGAUAUCGUCUGUUAGCAACGUCGGAGAGUGAGAACGAUGAGACAACGCAACAAACAUCGAUGUCGGACCGACAGAUCGUAGACGAUAUGCUUUUAGCUCUGGAUUUGGAUGUUACUAGUUACAGACUUGGAAUGACUCAAGUAAGUGCUAGAAUAACA